GCGAGCCAGCGACGGCAGACCAUGGCGCACAGGGCGCGUAUGAGAGUGAGCAACCCGAAGAGAAAAGACACUUUCCAAUGUUGUGUCAGUUAAUGUAAUGAUAACUACAACCAGUCAGCCACGGAUGAUUUUGUGAUUGAGUUGAGUGGUGACCGGGGAAAUGCCGAACGGUGUUAGGAAGCGUGUGUGGAUGGAGCAGCAGCAGCGGUGGAGGAACUAACGGAGAACUAUAAGAGAGGAGCACAACACGAGCGCAGAACAAGUGAACCGCUCUCAUCGCGGAAGGACGGAGAACUUUUGAAACAUUUUACGCGCUUUCUUCUCGCGCAUGCUUGGCGGUUGAUAUCUGCUUUCACGUAUGCCGAGGCGCGGGGAAGCUUCUUUCAAUCCGACGACACACUGUGAGAGAAUACAUUUGAACUCAGCGAGGAGGUGAUACUGAGUCCCAGAGACUCACUGAGCCACUAGGAACCAUGUUGAAGUUUCAUAACUCGGACCUUUGGAUAGCCUGGAUUGUCAUUUUUUGCAUGGAGGGUUCCAGAUUUGAUCUGAAUACAGCAAAAGUGUGCGUGCGGGCGCUGGACGUCACCGUGUCCCAGAGCAGCAUCCAGGUGGCGCGGGGCCAGGCGGCCGUGCUGCCCUGCUCCUUCACCACCAGCGCCGCCCUCAACAACCUCAACAUCAUCUGGAUGGUCAUCCCGCUGUCCAACGCCAACCAACCUGAGCAGGUGAUCAUCUACCAGGGAGGGCAGGUCUUCAGCCUGGCCAACCAUCUGAACGGACGUGUGGGCUUCGUGGCCACCAUGCCCAGCACAAGUGCCUCCAUCUUCAUCAACAACACCCAGCUGACGGACACGGGCACCUACCAGUGUCUGGUCAACAACCUCCCGGACAGAGGAGGGCGCAACAUCGGCGUCAUCGGCCUCACUGUGCUGGUGCCCCCCUCUGUGCCUACGUGCCGGGUGCAGGGCUCCCUGGACGUGGGCAGCGACGUGCUGCUGCUGUGCAGCUCGGAGGAGGGCACGCCCACGCCCUCGUACUCCUGGGAGAAGCUGGACGCGCUGCCCCGGCUGCCCCACACCGCCAUGCAAGACCAGAUGCAGGGCACCGUGACCCUGAGGAACAUCAGCAGCAGCACCUCUGGUCUCUACCAGUGCUCCUCCAGCAACGCUGUAGGCAAGAGCACCUGUCUGCUCAACCUGCAGGUGGUCUCCCCCCAGCCCCAGAGCGUGGGUCUGAUAGCGGGGACCAUCGCCACGGGGGUGCUGGCACUCAUCAUUUGCUCCCUGCUGGUGGUGGUUUCACUCUUCUACUGGAAGAACAAGAACAAGUACGACGAGGAGGAGAUCCCCAACGAGAUCAGGGAGGACGACCUUCCGCCCAAGCGCUCGUCGUCGGGGAAGGCGUUCCACGCCGACGCGUCCUCCUCGGAGAACGACACGCUGACCUCCACCAACACCUACAACAGCCGCUACUGGCACAACCCCAAGCCCAACUACGACACCAACUCCUACACGCGCUACAACGGUGACACGCGCCACACCUUCUCCACCGCCGCCACGCACGGCACACACCCGCAGCACGUGCACGGUCAACACCCAGGCCCGGCGUCGUUGGCGGCCGGGGCGGUCUCGGCGCCGGGCUCGGCCCCGCUGCCCCGCCACGCCCCGCCCCAGCUCCAGGGCACCACGGCGACGCUGACUUCCUCCUUGGCCAACGGCGGAAGCCACACGCUGCCGCCGCCCAAGACCCUGGUGGUCACCACGAACUCGGCCCCCUCCCCGGCCGUGAAGACGCGGAGCAACGGGGCGGCGGGCCACAAGGGGGCGCCGGCGUCGGCGCGCGGCCAGCACACACACUCGUACGCGGUGAGCCAGGCCACGCUGGAGCGCAUGGGGGCGGUGCCCGUCAUGGUGCCCGCCCAGAGUAGAGCCGGAUCGCUGGUAUGA